AUGGACAUCACAUUGGUUGUUAACCAGUAAAGGUGCAAUAAGCAUCUAAAUACUACUUCUCUACUUGCUACUGCUUCUGCUUGCUCUUUGGGGUCUAGGCCGGGUUACUGUAGAGCACUUUGUGACAACCGUUGAUGUAAAAAAGGCCUUUAAUAAAUACAUUUGGGGCUGGUUUCCUGGAACAUGAUUAUGUCUGGUCCUAGACUAAAAAGCAAGAUUAUGUCUGGUCCUAGACUCCAUUUAAAUAGCUCUUUAGUCCAGGACUAGGCUUAUUGUAUGGAUAGACUGAUCCGUGAUAUCUGUCUGCCUGUAGACUUCCCAGGGGACAGUGUGUGUGGUCGGGGUGCGUCGGAGCGGGAACGGGAGCGGGCCAGCCCCCUGCUGUGGAAGAACCUUCCCCGGAGAAGGCUGGCCUCGCACCCUGCCGAGAGCUCCAGCGAGGCGGACAUCGACAGCGACAGCGGCUACUGCAGCCCCAAACACAACCAGCAGGCCCCGGGGGCUACGCAACGCACUGCCGACGCUGCUACAGCUCCUACGGUAAGCCCCACCUUUAACCCUAACCAUUUACUACUUUAUAGUACUAUAAACUACUGUGAACCCAAACACUACUGUAGCCCCGGGGCUACAGAACACUCUACCACAGCUCCUACGAUGGCAGGUCCUAACUCUAACCCUAACUCUAUACUACUGUACUGUAGCCUCAAACACAAGGUAACCCCAGACCUAGCUAUAACCUAACCUUCACCUGCAUGACUGAAGUGAAAUAUCUAACAUGCUUCUCCUCUCUCUCUCUCUCUCUCUCUCUAUCUCUACAGGGAGUGGAUGCAGGUGUAAUGACAGGUAGGCUUUGUUUUUAUGAUUAAUAAUUGGAUUUCUGAUAAGACAGAUGAUUACAUUGGCUUUCCCCUUGGCUGUGUCCUCCUCUUAACUUUGUGUGUCUAUCUCUGUCUGUGUGUCUCUGUGUGUGUGUGUGUAGCGGUAAGCUGGGUGAACGUAGCGUCUCAGGCCACUCAGAGGUCGUGGUCAGACAACAGGACCACCCCGUUCCAACGGACAGGGAAGACCACUGAUCAGAGGAACUACUUACAGGUACAUUGGGCCUCACCUGAGAUGAUCUUGACCUCACCUGGGCAACUGUAAUUAUCUCUCUGACCCUCUCCCGCUCAUCCCCACUUACUCUCUCUCUCUCUCUUUCUCGCCCCCUCUCCAGCAGGACUUCCAUGCAGGGUACUCAGGGGGGCGUGUCUGUCCUAACCCCACCCCCGCAGACACCAACUGUGGUCUGCAGCAGAGACGGCUCCAGCCCGGAGUAGGCCCUGGGACGGCGCUUGCUCCUGAGCCCCUCUACUUCGAGGUGGGAGAUAUUGACAUGAAACUCACCUCACUCACACACUGCAGCAUCUCAUUCUGUCUCCUGAUGUGGAUAAAUACAGAAAUCAUCGGUCACUCAACCUUUCUGCAUUUCACAAUAUGCAUUUCAGUUGGAAUCAAAUCCUUACUUGAGAUACAACUGUAACUUGAACUGUCAUGUAAAUCCUGUAUCUCCCAUUAAUAGGAGAUUUCAGUUCCAUGUAUCUGUUUAUUUCCAACUUGGUCAAUGUGUAUUAGGAGUUAGUGAGGCUUUAGAUGUACAAAAGCUGAGGUAUUGUAUGAAAUAGUCCUCAAUCAGAAUGUAAUGGUAUGGUAGAGCUGUACUAGUCAGGUGUUUGGUAAAGUCUAAAGUCUGUCUCAUCUGUUUCAGGAUGAGGAGGAGUUUCCAGAGCUGGUCUCAGGAGGAGGAGCACAGAGGAACAACAAACCAGACCACAACCCUUCCCAGACCCAGAACCAACACCAGACCAAACUAACCAAGAACCUGGUGAGAGACCAGCUAAACUCUCCUCCCUUCCUUCCUUGAGGAUUUCACAGAUUUUUUUUUUGCAAGAAAAAGUUUGAUCACAAAACAUCUAUCCCAGUAGUGACUGUUGUUCCCCCGCUCCUCUCUCUCUCUCCAGCUGGAUAACCUUCCAGAGAACUCUCCCAUCAACAUCGUCCAGACUCCCAUCCCAAUCACCACCUCCGUCCCCAAGAGGGCAAAGAGUCAGAGGAAGAAGGCCCUGGCUGCUGCCCUGGCUACAGCACAGGAGUACUCUGAGAUCAGCAUGGAGCAGAGGAAACUACAGGUACCAGCAUGCACUCUGUUAGCUAGCUAGGAAACUACAGGUACCAACAUGCAAUAUCUUAGCUAGCUAGGAAACUACAGAUACCAGCAUGCACUCUGUAAGAUAGCUAGGAAACUACAGGUACCAACAUGCACUGUUAGCUAGGAAAUUACAGGUGACAGCAUGUGCUCGGUUAGCUAAUCACAGAAAACUACAGAUACCAACAUGCUCUGUCAGCUAGACAUAGUGCAGGACUAUAGGCAUCUCAAUGGAAAAACUAUACAUAGUUCUAUUGUACUACUAUGAGUGUGCUGAGCCAGUGUUGCUGUUCCCUGUGUGUGCCUGUAGGAGGCGCUGACCAAAGCAGCAGGAAAGAAGAGUAAGACUCCAGUCCAGUUGGACCUGGGAGACAUGCUGGCUGCACUGGAGAAACAACAACAGGCCAUGAAGGCUAGACAAAUAAACAACACCAAACCACUGUCCUUCACAGGUACACACUGCACCACACACACACUGCACCACACACACACACACACACUGCACCACAAACACACACACACACUGCACCACACACACACACACACUGCACUGCACCGCACCACACAUACACACUGCACCACACCACACAUACACACUGCACCACACCACACUGCACCGCACCGCACCACACACACUGCACCGCACCACACCCACACACACACUGCACCGCACCACACACACACACACCACACUGCACCGCACCCCACACACACACUGCACCGCACCACACCACACACACUGCACCGCACCACACACACACACACUGCACCGCACCACACCACACACACUGCACCGCACCCACCACACACACUGCACCGCACCACACCACAACUACACGCACACCGCCACAACACACUGCAACCACACACACACCUGCACCGCACACACACACACUGCACGCACCCCCACACACACUGCACCGACCACUCACACACACUCACGCACCACAUCCCUCACUAACGCACCUGCACCCCCAACACAUGCACCCCACCCACUGCACCGCCCCACUGCCCCACUUCCUCUCUCUGACUGCCCUCUCUCUCUCUCUCUGACUGCCCUCUCUCUCUCUCUCUGACUGCCCUCUCUCUCUCUCUGACUGCCCUCUCUCUCUCUCUGACUGCCCUCUCUCUUGCUUUCCAGUGGGUACAGCAGCUCCGUUCCAUGGUUCAGGUGCCGGGCCAGGAGCAGGGUCCGGUGUAGCGUCAGUGUUGAAGGCCCAGCAGCCCCACUCUGCCCCCCACAACAUGCUGGACUCUAGCGCUCCGCGCCUGAAGAGGGGGAAGGAGAGAGAGAUCCCUAAAGUCAAACGACCCACCGCCCUGAAGAAGGUGAGAGGAUAGAGCUCUCUCAAUGUGUGUCUGUCUUCCUCUCUCUAGCUCUCGCUCUCUCUGCCUCUCUCUUGUCUGUCUCUCUGUGUGUGUGGGUCUAACCCAGUCUCUGUUCUCUCUGUGUAGAUCAUUCUGAAGGAGCGUGAGGGGAAGAGGGGGAAGGUGUGUGUGGACCAGACUGCUGCCGGCCAGGAUGAACAGGGAGAGGAGGAGCUGCACUUCACUGACGACCUCACACGGGAACCUGCCUCUCAGGAGGGUAGGUACAGGGUUAGGGGUCAGGGGUUAAGGGUCAGAGAGAGGAGGAGCUACACUUCACUGAUGACCUCAAACAGGACCUUGGCGGAGUUUGCUCAUUUUAGACCAUUCCAUUGGUCUUAAAGUUAAUGCUUUUAAAACUAAUACUCCUACUGAUCUGCUUGUGUGACAUGGUGUUGUCUAAUGUACCUCCCUGUGAUAUUUGGCUCCCUGUCUGUUUCCUGUAGAGAACGGUCUGAGCGUGCCCAGUGAUGACGCGUCCCUGUCCCCGGCUAGUCAGAACUCUCCGUACAGCAUCACACCUGUUUCCCAGGGUUCCCCUGCCUCCUCCGGCAUUGGCAGCCCCAUGGCCUCUAACGCCAUCACCAAGAUACACAGCCGCCGCUUCAGAGAGUGAGUCUCUCUCUCACAGACACACAAAUUGUUCUGUACUGAGAAUCCUAGCGGUUGAAAUGUCAUAAACUCAUUUGGUGGGUUAGCAACACAAAAGCAUUUAGUAACAUAAAUAUCUAUCCGCCCAAUGGGUGUUUAGAGCAGGGCUAUACAAUAAGGACUUGCAUGUACACACACACUGCUUUGUUUCUUAAUGUCUUCAGAUGUAGGCCCUUUGUCUCCGCCCAGCUCUUCAGCACUGUGUCAGACAACCUACGACCUCUCUAUUAUAUUUACAUUUUAGUUAUUUAGCAGACGCUCUUAUCCAGAGCCACUUACAGGAGCAAUUAGGGUUAAGUGCCUUGCUCAAGGGCACAUCGACAUAUUUUUCACCUAGUCGGCUCGGGGAUUAGAACCAGCGACCUUUCGGUUACUGGCACAACGCUCUUAACCACUAAGCUACCUGCCGCCCCACUAAGCUAUGCCUCUCCUCUCUUCCUCACACCAUAUCAUACCAUAUCUACACCAGUGGUUCCCAGACUCCUGUCCUCCAAUCCCCCCAACAGCACACGUUGUUGUUGUUGCCCCAGACAAACUCCCCUGAUUCAACUCAUUGGGGGAUUGAUGAUUAGUUGACAAGUUGAAUCAGGUGUGUUUAUCAGGGGCUACAACACAACUGUGUACUGUUGGGAGGACUGGAGUUGGGAACUACUGAUUUACACAAUGGUGUGUGUGUUUUAUAAUAUUGGUCUGUGUAUGCAUGUGAGUGUUUUCUAAUAUUGUUUUUUUUGUGUGUGUUAACCUGUUUGUGUGUGUGUGUGUGUGUGUGUGUGUGUUAACAUGUUUGUGUGUGUCCCUCUUAGGAUUGGGCCAAUAUAUGAUUAAAUCAAAUAUCGUGAUAUUUGACAUUGAUGAUAUUACGUGAUGUGCAAGACUACUCUAUUUGAAAUGUACAAAUCAAAACUGAAUUUUUACGUCUAAAUUAAUGAACUGAGCCUUAUUUUUUCACCAUACUACAAUUAUUUAAUGAGAAUGCGACAAUAAUAUCGUAAAUAAGAUACAAAAAUUGCACAGUCUGGAAUGAUGUAGUCAUUAACGGCGCAAAACGAUUAUAUCGGAUAGCGCAAUAUUUGGAGUAGCAUAUCGUCGAAGAGGUCUCCCCAAAUGUUGCCCAACCGUAGUCCCUCUCUCUCUGUUUCUCUGUCUCCAGGUAAUGUAACCAGGUAUUAAAUAAGGAGAUUGAUGAAUGUGUUAUCAUAUUAGUGUCUUUCUCUGUCUCCAGGUACUGUAACCAGGUGUUGAAUAAGGAGAUCGAUGAGAGUGUGACGAUGCUGCUGCAAGAGCUGGUCCGGUUCCAGGAGAGGGUUUAUCAGAAGGACCCCAGCAAAGCCAAGACCAAACGCAGACUGGUCAUGGGCCUUAGAGAGGUCACCAAACACAUGAAGCUCCACAAGAUCAAGUGUGUCCUCAUCUCCCCCAACUGUGAGAAGAUCCAGGCCAAAGGUCAGGGGUCAUUCUUGUCAUUAAUCCUUAUGUUUUUUGAAAAGGAUUGAACCACGGAGUGUACUACUCUACCUGGUCCAAUAAGAACACAAGGUUUUUUUUGCAGUUGCAAAGCAUUUUGCUACAGUGUGCCUAACUGAACCUGACCCUGAUCUUGGGUGAGUGUGGGGUUCCAAAUGCAUGCUAAAUUAAUGAAUAUUUAAAAUAUUCAACCACAUUUGCCAUUUUACAGUGUCCACCAGAGGGCGGUAGCAUAUUGAUAUGCUCAGCACAGGCUGCAUCAAAUCUUAUACAUAAAACUAGUGACUGUAUUGUCUAUGGCAGGGGUGAGGCUCUGUAAAACAUGAUAGAUAGCCAUGACCAGGGAGCAGGACUGUUUAUAUAGUGAUAUUUCUACAGUAGUAGUGACUGUGUGUUAUUUUAUGUUCCAGGGGGUCUAGACGAGGCUCUGUACAACGUCAUAGCCAUGGCCAGAGAACAGGAGAUCCCGUUUGUGUUUGCUCUGGGUAGGAAGGCUCUGGGACGCUGUGUCAACAAACUGGUGCCUGUCAGUGUGGUGGGCAUCUUCAACUUCUCUGGAGCAGAGGUAAGACGUUGAACACAAACCUGUCUGUGUGUUUAUAACGGUUGUUAAUACUGUUAGCAGAGGUAAGGACACACUUAUACUGUUAAUACCUUAAGUUGGUGUCUUUGUUUACAGAAAAAAAAAAACUAAUGAAAGUGUGUAAAAUCUUGAUGUUAUGUCUUUCUCUCUUUCUCUCUCCUCUCCCGUCCUCCACCCCUCCUUCUCCCCCCUCCUCUAGGGUCUGUUUAACCGGCUGGUGUCUCUGACGGAGGAUGCUCGUAAGUCCUACAAGGACAUGGUGUCAGCGCUGGAGCAGGAGCAGGCUGAGGAGGCGCUGAAAAACGUCAAGAAGGUCACCCACCACAUGGGCCACUCCAGGAACCCCUCCGCCGCCUCCGCCAUCUCCUUCUGCUCUGUCAUCUCUGAACCCAUCUCUGAGGUCAACGAGAAGGAGUACGGUAAGCGAUGACCCUGAUCCCGACCUUUAACCCUGACUCUGAUCCUGACCCAUCUUUGAGCUCAGUCUCUCUCUUUACAUGAAAUCUGAAAUCUCUAUUUCCCGCUCUCUCCUCCCCCUCUCUCUCUCCUCAGAGACCAACUGGAGGAGUAUGGUGGAGUCGUCAGACGGGCUGGAGCCUGUGGAGGCUAAACCCAGGCGCACCGCUGCUUCCUCCGGGUUGCAGAGAGACAACCAGCCCCCCUCCACCACCACUAACCGCAGCCCUUACUCCACUACCCUCCAGCUCAGAGCAGCCGUCCAUGCUCCAGCCUCAGGCCCGGGGGAGAGAGAGGAGGGCCGGGCAGACGACCGGUUGGAGCUGGCCUCCCAGCAGAGCACGGAGACAGGUAGCCUGGAUGGGAGCUGCAGGGACCUCCUCAACUCCUCCAUCACAUCCACCACCUCCACCCUGGUCCCUGGUAUGCUGGAGGAGGCAGAGGAAGAGGAGGAGGAGGAGGAAGAGUACACACCAGAGCCCAUCUCUGUGGAGGUGCCUGCGGUCAUCAGCCGUAUUGAGUCCUGGGUGUCUAAGACGCUGGAGAACCUUCAGCUGGGGAAGAGCCCGGACAGCACAGAGGAGGAGGAGGAGGAAGAAGAGGAGGAGGAGGGAGGGCAGAGUGAGGAGGAAGAGGAGUUGGAUUCUGCUGAUGUCACAGAGACGGGACUGGAGAGGACGGAGAAUAUGGAGGCCAAGAAAAUCACUGGCUGAUUAGACCUCCUUCAUCCCCCGCUCUCCCUCUCUCUCUCUUUCUCUUUUGUUUCUCUCUAAGUUUUCUCUCUCUCUCUCUCUCUCUCUCUCUCUCUCUGUGUACACUCCAUCCCUUGUCUUCCUCACUCCCCCUCUCUCGCACCUGUUCCCCUAACAUGCACCCUUUCACCUCUAUCACACACUCGUUCCUCCUCUCUCAUCCUCUCCUCCCCCUCCCUCUAUCUCUCACACAGUUGAACCAGCAGCUCUCCUCUCCUCUGUCUGUAACUUUGGACUUCAGACAUUAUCUCAGGAAUCAGACCAUACAAAGACAGACAGACAGACACAGACACAUACAGUCACUCACACAGACACAGAGACAGACAUACAGUCACUCACACAGACCAACCUUCAGACUGCAGAACUCUCCUGGUCUCUCUGAUGGAUAGACUCCUCUGUUCCUCUCAUCCUCCUCUCACUGAUGUGGACCUGAAACAACUGCCUCACCUAAACUGGACUGGACUGGUCUGGUCUGGUCGAUCUGGCAUCGACUGGUCUGACAUCGAAUGGGCUCGACUGGUCUGGUCUGGUCUGGCUAAGGGAAGCCCAGGCCUGGUUCCCUUCCUACCACUCCAGGUUUCCCCAGGAUAGGAAGAGGCUGUGAGGAGAGGCUUCCCCUCUGUCUGUAUGACGCAGAGCCACCGAGAUGAUAGAACUCUCAAUGAGACUGCUGACUGUAAAAAGAGAACUCUCCCUCCUUUUAGAGAGCCACCCUCCCUCCGUCAUCCCUGGGUUUUUCAUAGUGAAGGAGAAGAGUCUGGCGGUUCAGUCCAAGCAGAAGAUUGCUGAGCCCCUGCAGAGCUGA